UCUUUCGAGUACCAUUUUGUAACAUUUUGCCUUAGUUCCAUUUUUUGCUUAACAUUUUGUCUGGAUAUGCUUGCGGUCAAUCGGGAUUUUCUCGUCUUUUGUUGGGGUGGGUAUAUUGAUUUUUUCGUUAAUUUAGAGCGCAUAUACCUAUAUGUAUUGUUGUUUUGAAGCUUAUUGUUAGAUUUAAAUCGUUUUGAGAAUAUUUUACAAUUGAAUCAUUUUAUCUUAAAUUUGCAGGAAUAUACCUAAUUUUGUUAUAAAUUUUGGUUGUUCAAUUAUUGAUUUUCCUCCGUUUUAUUAAAUAGUAAACAGAUUUGUGAUGCCAGGACAUACAAAACAGAGUCGGAAACGGCGGACUUAUCGAGAUUAUUCUUAUGAGGAUGAAAAGCGUAUACGUGAAGAGAAUCGCAGCAAACUUAAAUGUGAUCGUGAGGAGCGCGCUAGACGACGAUCACGCAACAGAAAUGACCAAUACUAUCAGAUGGAUAUUGAGAAGGCUUGUGACAUAUCAAAGAGUUGUCCACAGAAGAACAGCACUGCUUCCUCAUCCAAUGCCAGCAAACGGAUAUCUCCUCCUAAGAAAAAAUCAAAAAUAAGCAAUCGAAAUACAAAAACUAGCAAUAGCCAACAACAAUUGUCUACCGCUCAAUCAUCUUCAGUGGCCGUUGUUAUUCCAUCAACUGUUCAUAGUAAACCACAACAAGUAGUAGUCCCGCAACCAAUUAUUCCGCCUCCAAUACAUGAUGACAAAGAAGGGCAUUUAAUUUAUUAUAAUGGACAAGUUAUUGAUUCUCGAUUUGAAAUUGUUAAGACACUUGGGGAAGGAACAUUUGGAAAGGUCGUACAAGUAAAAGACUUAUGCCGUACUGAUUCAGUUAAAUCUGCACCAAAAGCUUUAAAAAUCAUCAAAAAUGUUUCAAAAUAUAGAGAUGCUGCUAGACUUGAAAUUAAUGUUCUUAGGAAGCUUAGAGAAAAAGACCCAGAGGGAAAUCAUUUGGUUAUUCAAUUACUCGACAGUUUUGAUUAUCAUGGACAUAAAAUGAAUGAUUAUCGGCCAUAUCCUAUGGACCAAUCUAGAUAUAUUGCUUAUCAAGAUGCAACUGUUCGUCUAAUUGAUCUCGGCUCGGCAACAUUUGAUCACGAGCAUCAUUCAACAAUUGUUUCUACUCGUCAUUAUAGAGCACCCGAAGUUAUUUUAGAGCUUGGUUGGGCCCAACCUUGCGAUGUUUGGUCAAUAGGCUGUAUUAUGUUUGAGCUUUAUACUGGACAGACACUUUUCCAAACACAUGACAAUCGGGAACAUUUGGCUAUGAUGGAAAGAAUUCUUGGGAAAAUACCUUAUAGAAUGGGGCAUAAAACAAAAACAAAAUAUUUUUAUCAUGGCCGUUUAGAGUGGGAUGAUCGGACGUCGGGCGGCCAGUACGUGCGGGAUCAUUGCAAGCCUUUAAUUCGUUAUAUGCAAUCUAAUUCAGACGCUCAUCAGCACUUGUUUAACUUGAUUCAUCGAAUGCUCGAAUAUGAACCAAAUUCUCGUAUCCAAUUAAGUGAUGCUCUUCGCCAUAUUUAUUUUAGCCGAUUAGAACCAGCUCAACGUGCAAGUGUUGAUGGGGGAAAGUUAAAUGAUUUUGUAAAUGGUGAUUUGUCUAGUAAAAGUGUUGCUUCUUCAUCUUCAAUACGAGAUUGACUACUUCUUGUUUUGUUUAUUGGAUGGAAAUUUUUGUUUUAAUUUUUUGUGAUUUUGGUGGUGGAAAUAUAUAUUUAAUUUGUUAGGAGGGUAAAAGAAAAAAAAAUUAUUUUUAAUUUAACUAAAAAUUAAUUCUUUCCAAUUUUUGUCUUUUUGUCAACUUUUUUGGAUAAUUAUUUUUUUGACAAUUAAAUUUUCUGACAAAAAUCCAAAAAGCUUUUAUUUUGUUACACACCAAUUUUGUCUUUAUCCUAUAUUUUGUUUUGUUUAUUUUAAAAAUUAAUUAUUCUUGUCACAUAUUUACUAAUUACUUCC